AUGAAUCCCAAAACUCUGUUUCAAUGGUUUCUUCAGAAAGCAUCCAAUUAUAAUCUCUUUGUGCUCGGAGAAGAUGACUAUGACGAUGAUGAUGAUGAACCAAAAGAUCCGGCAAUUGUACUUAAAUAUCAAAAAUAUAAAACUCGAUUAUACGUCCUUCUUCUUACAGUGUCCUUCUAUAUUCUUUUCUAUACUACUUUAAUGAAGACAGAAUCUUCAACAAUUACUGUCUCUGAUAUUACACCUGGCAAAUUUAAUGAACUUUACUCGAAACAUAACAAAACUCUUUCAUGUCCAUGUUCAACAAUCAGCAUGCCUCAUAAAACUUUUGUUUCCAAUAUAAUCAAAUUCCAUCCUGUUUGUAAGAGUAUUUUCGUGAAUCAAUCAUGGAUUGAAGCAUUAUAUUUAUUAAAUGCAAGUCAAUAUGGUGUAUGGGAUUUUCGAACAACAGCUAGUUCUCAGGUGGGGUAUCGUUCUACAAGUGGAGGUGUGUUCUGUAAUCGGGAUAACCCAACCAGUGCAGCUACUCUCAAUCCUCUGUUAAAUGAUUACAUGACUACGGAACGAAUACAGACAUUCGAAUCGAUGCCAAAUUCUACAAUUGUCAAUGGAUUUUUUGCAGCAUGUACUCCUCUCGAAGCUCUUCUUCAGAGUACACUCGAUUGUUUAUAUGAAAUCGAGUGUCUGCACUUAUUAUCCGAUUAUUUUCCAGUUCUUAAUCAUAUGGAUGUUAACUGGAUCGACUCUGUUCUGACUUCGAAACAACAAAAUCUUUCUGUGAACGACUAUUUCAAUAAUCUUUUUAUUGAAGAAUGGUUGCCACAAAUAAAUUAUUCAGAGUAUUUUAAUGAAUGUCAACCUUCAGUCUGUACAUACACGGCAACAGAUCGAGCUAAUAUUUCAUACGCAAUUACUCUUUUCAUUAGUCUAUAUGGUGGUCUCGUGAUAAUACUUCGUUUAAUUGCAUCAUUUUUGGUAAGUGUCUCAUUAAAAUUCAAACAUCGUUCAAGAAACGCACGUAUGCAUUUCGGUUCAAUUAUUGUGCUUCUUCUCUUCAAUUCAUUGAGUACUCAAACAGCUACAGUGACUAUUCUAAAUCCAUCAUUAACUGCGUAUAAAAAUUUACAGACGUUGCACUCAGCUACACUCAAUUGUCCUUGUUCAACCAAAACUAUCUCUUAUCGUUCAUUCGUUUCCUUAUCUCCAGCAUUGCAUCAGGUGUGCUCAAGUGGUUUUGUUACUGAUGAUUGGUUUACUUUAUUACAAAGAAGUAUCAAUAUGUAUUAUCCUAAUGAUUGGCGUAAUCGAGCUCGGGCACAAUUCCAACAGUUGUCUGAUUUUUGUCGACUGGCUAAUAAAACGAUUGAUGAUAGUGCUGAUCGCUUUCUGAAGCAGUUGUUUAUCGCGUCAACUGUAUUUAAUGAAAUCGAGUUCGAUAUACAAUUAAAUGCAACUCUUAGACAGUUUUAUAAUUCAACGAUUUUCGACUUUAGUCUUCAGAACGACGUUGUACGUCUUUUAUUGCAAGUCGAUCAGCCUUAUAUGGGACCAUUAAUGGCUGACAUAGAUUAUUUGCAUGCUAACCUAAUCAUAACCAUUAUAAAAAAUGAAAUAAACAAUCAGUUCUUACCACAGGUAUCAUUUAUUUUACCUGGCAUUCCAGAAAUUAAUUCGACAGUGCUCACCUGUGUUUGUUCAACUGACCCUCAUUGUCAAGGUUCAAACGUCAUUUAUACUCCUGAAUUGGCUGGUGGCAUUCCUUUAAUCAAUGAUCCAACACGCAGUCGUUUUCCUCCAAAUACUUCAGUUUCAACUAUAGUUGAAGAAAUGAUGAUGGAACAAUGGAAUGUAUUUUUGUCAUACAAGGACUUUUACGAAUCAUGUGCACCGAUUUAUUGUACAUAUUCUGAAAAAAUUCGUAAAAAGACUAUUGCGGGAAUAAUUAUAACAAUGAUGUCUGUGAUUGGUGGACUUGUUGUCUCACUACGUCUUAUCACACCUAAUGUUGAUCCGAUAAAAGCUAAACGUCUUGGUCGAUGGGCAACUCGUCUGUACAUUGCUUUAUUUAUCGGUGGUCUUAGUAUUCUUACUAUAUAUACCCUAAUUGAACCACAAAUUAUGACGAAAACGUUUGAUAAACCGUCUUUCAAUGUUUACAAGAAUCUGAAACUGCUUCAUGGUGAUAAAUUAAAAUGUCCAUGUUCAGUGAUUGCAUCGGUAUAUAGCCAAUUUGUAGAAAUUGAGCCAAUAUUUCACCAGAUCUGCUCGAGUCCAUUCGCAUCGGAACAAUGGCGAAUUAAUCUUACAGUUGGUCUUGCUGCUAAUUUGUCUAUUUAUGCACGAAGAGACUAUCGUCGUUUUCUUUCUGCUCAUCUACAAUUUCUUCAAGGAUUAUGUCAACUUUCCAUGAAUGCAGUGAAUAAUUCGAUCAAUCAAUUUCGUACCUCAUUACUUGUCACUUCUGAACUUCUUUCAGAAAUAAAUUUUAAUCAAACACUUGAAUCGUUGAUGGAACAGAGUAAAUCAAAUGCCCCUACAACAUUCCGUCAUCUUCUCUUUUUAAUUCGAACUAUCAAUCAUGGAAAUGCUUUCAUGUCAACAUAUGGAACAACUUUCGAAUACAUUGUAUCCAAGGAUACAACUGAUACAUUUUAUGCGCCUACUCGAGCUCUAAUCUAUGAUGAUGAAUGUUCUUGUGGGUUAUGUUCAAAUUGUACAACUCAAGCAAAUUUUAUCAUAUCCAAUUCUCCUAAAAUAAUUUCAAUUCCAAUUAAAGGUUUAAAAAUAGGAUGUACACCAAGUGAAUCAUUUCGUGCUUCGACUCUUGAAUGUUUUUAUGAUAGUUCAUGUAUUAAUCUCAUUCAUCAAUAUACUAAUUACAGCAAUUCUCAUGAACCUCUCUCUAUAAUGAAGAGUCGUUUCUCGAUUAACACUAAAAUAGCUGAACUUAUUGAUAAUCUAUUCAUUGAACAAUGGUCAAAUAAGACGAAUUAUACAUCUUAUUUUGAGCAAUGUUUACCAUCGUAUUGUUCCUAUACUAGUGCUCAAAAAUUCAACUUACUCAAUAUAAUCACUCUUUUACUUAGUCUUCAAGGUGGUCUCGCAAUCAUUCUUAAAUGGACUUGCCCUAAAAUAGUUCGAAUUGCAUCUAAAAUAAAUGAUUAUCGAAAAAAGCGAACGAAUACUGUUCGCCCUGUCUGUAUUCUUGAAAAAACAUCCAAUGAUAUUUCUAACACAACCAUUGAAAAUGCCACUACAAAUACAGAGACAAAUUUAACACUAGAAACAUCUUCGACAAUAGUCGUUAGAUCAGUUCGAUGUACUUCCAAGGUCAUUUUCGGAUGUAUACUACUGACUUGUGUACUAGCAGCUUUGGCUAUUUUUUCAUUUUAUACCGUGCGACAAGCACCACUUUGCAAGUUAGCAUUUCGAACAAUAUCGAUGAACAUAUCUGAUUUUCAUUAUACACCACGCGGAUUUGUAUUUGCUGAUUUUAAUGAUGAUAAUCGGCUUGACCUUGUAUUUUAUUCUAAACUUUAUACGACUCUGAAUCUACUUUUUGGAAAUGGUAAUGGAAGUUUUGGAGCAGAGAAUAUUAUUCCAAUGAAAAGUUUUAAGUUCUUGUCUUAUAUUGAUGUUGGUGACUUCAAUAACGAUAAUCGCUCGGAUCUCGUUUUAGUCAAUGACACCCAUCUUGGUAUACUCUUUGGAGAUGACAACGGAGCUUUUGGAGCACUUAUUAGAUUUGAACUGGGAAAGGAAUGCGAGCCAGUUGACAUCACUGUAACUGACUUCAAUCAUGACAAUUACUCAGAUAUCGCUAUCGUUAGUCUGGUCAAAAAUAAUAUUUGUGUAUUUCUAAGAAAAAGUAACGACAAUUUUUCAUCGCCAUUUAUUUUUUCUACUGGACAUAAUAGUCAGCCUCGAUCAUUAAAUAUCGGUGACUUUAACAAUGAUGGUCACUUAGAUAUUGCUGUGAACAAUAAUAAUGCUGUGAAUGUUGGUGUAUUUGUUGGAUGCGGUAACGGAACUUUUGAAGUACAGAAACAAUCUUUCACUUUCUAUGGUUCUAAUCCGAAUAACAUAGCAGUCGGUGAUUUUGAUGGUGACACUCAUCCAGAUGUUGUUAUCUCCAAUGGUAGGAACAACGUUAUUUGUGUACUGUCUGGAUAUAAUAAUGGAAUUUUUAACAUCAGCCAGAAGUUUUUUAUAAAAUCUGUUUGGAGCACACCUUCAAUUGCUGUAGGUGACUUUAAUUGUGAUGGCCAUUUGGACAUCGCUGUUGGAACGACUGAUCCAUAUGGCAUAGAUGUGCUACUCGGAUAUGGAGAUAGUCAUUUCGAUACGCAAACAAUAUUUCGGCCUGAGACUGUUGAUGAAAAUAUUUGGAUCGCUGUUCAUGAUUUUAAUGGUGAUACUUAUCAAGAUAUAAUUGCUAUAGAUGAUCACCUUAAUACUAUAGAUAUUCUUUUAAACAUAUGUGAAUGUUGCACGCAUGAAAUUCUCACGAAAAGCAACUCCAGUCUCCAAUAA